AUGACUAUUUUCUCAUUCGGCUCCAACGGAUCCGGCCAAUUAGGUAUCGGUCACGUUGAAGAUGUCUCGGUUCCUACACGAUGUCUAUUCGACGAAGAACAGGGGUCGUCAUCACCCAGCUGCUCAUCAUCACCUAUACAGGACCAGAACCGAGCCGAGACUGGUAUCUCGCGCAUCGUCGCAGGUGGAAAUCACACUUUGAUCCUGUUCGCCGAUGGAGCGGUCUACGCGGCUGGGUGCAACGAGGACGGGCGAUGUGGCCUGCGUCCCUCAUCGGCCGACCCACUGCUCAAGUUUCGGCGGGUGAUUGUGGACGAUGCAUCCACAGGGCGGUCGUAUGAUACGUUCAAGGGCGUCUCGGCGACGUGGGAAGCCAGUUGUCUCGUCUCGUCGUUGCCAGGCGGCGUAGAUGAAGAUGUCGUCUUCGUGUUGGGAUCCGGCGCGAAAGGGGAAUUGGGACUCGGGGAGGGAUGUGCACGGGUUGAGGCGGCGACGAGGAUCCCGGAUUUCCCGCCUAGGGGAACGCGAAUCACCGCGAUUGCGAGUGGCAUGGGUCAUACGGUUACUGUGCUGUCGAGUGGAGAGGUGUAUGGGUGGGGAGGGGCGAGGAAGGGUCAACUUGGGGAGGCGGCUGUCGCGUCGAAGAUCGCCUGGAAGCCGGUCAAGAUCGAUAAUUUGAGGUUCUCGGCGAGUGCGGCGGCCUGUGGUCGUGAAUUUACAGUGGUGACGGGGGACCGCGCCGCGGGGCAAUUUGCCGUGCUCGGGUCGUCCGGGGAUAAGUGGAAUAUUCUAUCUGGGGUUCCCGCGUCGGCCGCUGUGGAAGGGUAUCGUGGGAUUUAUGCUAGUUGGCAUGGGAUCUAUGUACAUCGGAAUGACUCUUCGGUUGUUUGCUGGGGCCGGAAUGAUCGCGGCCAGCUUCCGCCGGGGGAUUUACCCGCAUCGAAGGACAUCGCUGUUGGGAGUGAACAUGCGCUGGCGCUUCUUGAGGAUCAGAGCGUGGUGGCAUUUGGGUGGGGGGAGCAUGGCAACUGCGGCCCCGAUACCGAUGCACAGGGAAAUGUCAAGGGGGAGUACAAACGAAUCCCUCUGUCGGUUGAGGGGGGUUCCGCGAUUGUUGGGAUUGGUGCGGGUUGUGCCACUAGCUGGGUCAUUACUAGCAGGUGA